AUGCGAUAUGUGUUUUUAAGUAGUUGUGGGAAAUGCGCAAAGAUUGCGCUCCAGAUUUGUGAGGAUGUGCUGAGGAUCCUUAAGCACGCAGCGCUUAAGGGGCAGCCUACUCACGGCUCUGCCACCCGGGACGGCGCGGCCCUGGAGGCCGCCGAGCGUCGCAAGCACCGGGCUUACCCGGAAUUGCUGCGCGGGGGGCCACAACGCCUCCUUGUCCUCGGCGCCGAAACGGGGGGGCGAUGGAGCCGCGACUGCUUCUCCCUCAUGCGCAUCUUGCUGACUGCCCGAUCGCGCCGCACGCCGUCCCUAGUGCGCCGGGCCAUGUGCUCUGGGUGGCAGCGGCGCUGGUGGGCGCUCCUCGCCUGUGCGGUGCAGCGUGCCGUGGCGAUGAGCGCCACCUCGGCGCCAUGGGCUUCCACGCCCCCUACGCCUGCCACACCCCCUUGCCCCUUGGCCAUCCUCUCUCUGGCUGACUUCGCGGGCCCCAGCCGCCUCGGCUUCCCUGCGUAG